AUGAAAUGCUGCCGGUCCUGUUCAUGUGCCCCUGUCCGGCGGGAAGUUCGUGCUGCUCCAGUUUGUCAAUGGGUCCGAAGGUACGCGCAGCUCGCCCUUGCCUGCGAGCCUGAGACGUGGGACUAUGUGCAGUAUUUGGACGAAGUUGCGGCUGUGAAUCCGCUUCCCCGAGAGGGGCGGGAGCUGCUUUAUGACAUCUUCAAGACUGCACCAGCGGGGACGCAGUGUGCAGGCAUGGCUGCCGUGAUGCUUCACUCUUUGGCCUACGUGGAUCGUGACCAGGGGGAGUCGGCCGCUUUGGAGGUGUACAAGGAAGCGGUGAAGCUGUCAGGGUCCGAUGCUUGGCGGGUGAACCUGAGCUGGCACGACUCGGCGCCCAAACUCCUGGGCCUGGACCCCCCGGCGGACGCGGCGAUGUGCGGAAGGAGGACUUCUUUGCGCUUUUUCGUGUACGACACGGGGAUCUACUCCAAGCCGGUGCUUCUCUGCGCGUCGGGGAUGGAGGGCUCUGAGGUGCUGCUGCACCGCUGGCUGCUGCGUAGCGCGUGCCGCACGCUCGACGCACAUGCUGCGGACUUCUUCUACGUGCCCUUCUACUCCUUCUGCUUCCAGAACCUCAACAUUCAGCCGGGAAAAGAGACGGAAGAGCUUGACAGGCACAACGUGGCUCUUGUCAAGUCCUUGGAGCACUUCGAUGUCUACCGCCGGAGGCAGCACAUCUUCCACUUUGCCCACGAGUUCUGGGACUUCCCUUCCUGGGAAGCCCACGUGGCAAGGUCCAAGAUCUUCGCCGUGGAGGCUAACCCCCUGAUGGAUGUGAUCCAGUACCGGCAUUGCACGAGCUGCUUCGACGAGCGGAAGGACGUGGUGGUCCCGGGCCACACAGACCUGUGGGCCAUGCGCCGAUUGCGGGAGCAGAGCCGUCCCGCGGAGCACCGCCGCUUUCUCUUCUGCUUUCAUGGCGCACUGCGACACGAGCUGUACGAGAAAACGCAUGCGGAAGGCUUCAAUGUCAGCGCUGCAGAGACCCGGCGCCAAAUCCGAGCUCUGGCCAGCGAGCCUGAUGCAAGUAUCGGGCCACACAUCACUCCGCUUCUGGAUUACUACCAGCGAGUUGGUGACUGCCGCUUUUGCCUGGUGCCAAAAGGCGUUGGCUUUACCAAUGGGCGCCUCUUUGAAGCCUUUUUUGCUGGCUGCAUCCCCGUGAUCCUUUCCGAUGCAAUGCUGGUGCCGUUCGGGUUCCUGCCGUGGCAUGAGUUCAGCCUGAAGCUUCCUAUGGGCGACUUGGCCGGCGCCGUGGCCCGACUGCGAUCACUGCCCUUGGCAAAGGUCCAAGACAUGCAGGACAGGUGCGGGCUCAUGUCCUUCGCCGCGUUCCUUGCGAAGUCUUGGAGGCGCUGGCGCAACUCUGCUUUCCACUCGGACUUUGACGUCUUUUUGCUCACCUGCGACGCGAACCGAGCCAGCCUUGCCGCGCAAGAGCAGAAUAUGAGUCUGAACAACCAAAAGCAGGAGUUCAGGAAGUACGUGGCAGCUCACGACAUGCAGCAGGCGCUGGUUGCCUACUCGCAUGCCCUAGAAUGGGACGAGAACAGCGCGGCCAUUUGCGAUGAGUUCGGGCAGUUCCUGCUUGCGCACGGGCAGUUGGCUGGCGCCGAAUAUCUCUUCACCAGAGCUCUCUCCCUGGAUCCGCAAAAUGCCCAGUACUCGUACCAGCAGGGGGUGGUCCUACAGCAGCAGAAGCAGCUGAAGCAAGCCGUGCAGUCGUUUACGGCGGCGCUGCAGCAAAAUCCGAGGUUCAUUGGCGCGCUCUUCAACCUGGGCGUCGUCCACCGCGAGCUGGGCCGAAAUCUUGGGUCUUGUCUGACAGCAUUUAUUCUCUCCGUUCUAGGAGACACUCUCCGAGCGGCCGAGCAGUUCAAACGGCUGCUGCAAAUCAAUGCAGAGGACCCGUGUGCGCUGGUGAUGCUGGGGGAGUGUCAAGCAGAAAUGGGAGACUUUGAAAGCGCGGUGAGGUCUCUGGAGGAUGCUGUGCGUAUGGACCCUGAGAAUCGCUCAGCGCAGAAGGACCUACUAGCCUUGCGGCAGAAGCUCACUCGUAUUUGA